AAAACUGCACCAGAGAUGGAACCAGAAGCUAAAGAUCUGGACGACAGUGAUAACUUGUUCCCUUGGUCGGGCUCAGAUGGUUUUCAGGGACUUGGUGCCUCUGAGCCUUUGGCAGAGUCCUAUGAUGAAGAUGAUGACAGACAAUCAGAGUUUCCUUCGGACCCACACAACCUACAUAUCUCCAGGUCUGACCCUGAGUCUCCAGAGUGCCUUCAGUUACGAGACUGGGAAUCAGCGAAAGACCAAGACUUCCUACCAGAACAGAGUGAGAGUGAGGCGUCCGUCUCUUGCCAGGGACAGGAUGACAUCUACCUAAACGAAUCCAGAGAGUCAUUUACAGAAUCUCCUCACAUCCAAGUCUCGCAAACAUCAACACCUUCACCCCCCGAGCUCCGAGACUCCGAGCAGUGCACCGGCGAGAUUUCAUGGCUGCAUUCCCACCCUUCCUCCUCCUCCUCCUCCUCUCUUGGCAGUGCUGCUGACAUGACCCGGGCCUUGACCCUGAGCACGGAACAGGCCCAGGGAACCGGUGAGAGGCAGGGCCCUGGGACCAGGAGCAGGAGGGUCGAAUCUUCAGAGGAAGGAGGGAGUGGUGAAGCACCUCCUGCUUCUGUCUUCUUUGGAAUUUCAGAUGAGGGUGCUGAGCAGGCAGAGAGAAGAAACUUGGGUUUUGACGGAGACCUCUGUAGAGCAAACAGGCAAAAGCCAAGGCACACAUGCCUUGGCCAUAAAGAGAGCCAGUCAGAGAGACAUGUGAAGGAGACCAAGUCUAAAUGUAAGAGAAUUGCACAGCUCCUGGCCAAYGCACCCAACCCCCAAAACAAGGGAGCUGUGCUGUUCAAAAAACGCCGCCAGAGAGUCAAGAAGUACACCCUUGUGAGUUACGGAACUGGUGUUCACACCCUCAACAGCUUCGAUCCAACAGGAGGGGAACCUGACAACAUUGGCUCAGCUAGAUACAACUUUGUGGCUUCAAGUGAUUCCGAACUUGAGGAGCAGUAUUCUCUUUAUCACCAGCAGCGUCACUUAAGUUUGAACUGGGGAAGUGUGCAGGAAAUGGAAGAGCUGCCAGACGCAAAAGGGAAAGGAGUCAUGAUGUUCGCUCAGCGACGCAAACGGAUGGAUGACCUCGUGUCAGAGCAUGAAGUGAUGACUGAAAUGACCGUACAAGAAUCGCACAUUUCGAGGUCGCAGAAUGUUUACGACAGGGAAAUGUACGUGCAAUCGGAUUUAGACAUUGAUGAAGAUCUUCAGCAGAUGAACCACCACUCCAGUGUGCCAAAACCUUUAGUGCCCAACAGGACCGCAAAACCUUUCUUGGGAUUCCAAGAUGGCUCAGCUGCUGCAGCUGCAGACACGUCUGUUCCUGCCACAAAGAUGCAUGAGCCAAAAUUCAAAGUGCCUGUACCGAUAAAUACUAACCCAAAGGUUUGGUCACCAACUGGAGACAUUAUAGCCUCAAGAGAUGAGCGAAUAUCUGUGCCUGCAAUCAAGACGGGCAUCCUACCAGAGUCCAAACGGAAAAGUGCCAAUAAGCAGCCAUCAAAGUCAAGACAAGAAUUGGARCUUCACGUUCAGAACAAAGGGGAUAGGAAGUCUUAUAUUGAGUCAGAAGAAGACUGUUUCAGUUUGGGUGCUGAGGCUUGUAAUUUCAUGCAACCCAGAACGAUAAAACUCAAGAAUCCACCUCCAGUUGCCCCGAAACCAACCAUCAACCCUGCCUUCCCACCUUGGAUGAUGACGGGUUCCUCAAGUGAGCCCAUUAACCCUUCAAGAAGCCCGGUGUCACAACCCUCGCACAGUCCUGUCAGGCCCCACAGUCAGCAAUAUUUACAGCAGCAAGACUGGGCUCAGCCUCUGCAGAUGGACAGCCAUCGGGCACCAGAUCAAACGCAGGCAACACUUCAAUCAGCUGGCAAAGCCUGGGUUCCGAUCAAUUCCUCUCCUCAGCUUCAUCUUCAGCCAACCACAAAUAGCUGGAGUCAGCAGGCGUCACAGUCCCCUGUGAGUAUGCAGGCCCGUAGUCCUACUUAUAGCCCACAUUUACCCUCAGCGAAUAAGUCAGACAGUGCUCCACCACAUGCAGGGAAAUCGUAUGUCCCACAAGUUUCUCCAAAGGGAAGAGUUCCAGACAGAGGUGCUGAUCAGGCUGGUGAGGGUUCAGCCAUGGCAGGAAAAGGUGCAAAAUUGUUUGCCAAAAGACAGUCACGGAUGGAGAAGUUUGUCAUUGAUGCUGACACAGUGCGAGCUAAUAAAACAAGAUCCCCCUCACCUACCUUGUCCCUACCCAACUCUUGGAGGUAUUCAUCCAAUAUCCGCUCCCCACCUCCUGUGUCAUAUAAUCCUCUUCUGUCCCCUUUCCAUCCCCAAUCUGCAUCCAAACAACCCCCUUCCACAAGCCCCCAAAUCAAGCCCAAACCCAAAGAGAAACCUAAAUCUGCCCCCAAGCAACUUAAUGCUUUAGAUAUUAUGAAACAUCAGCCCUACCAGUUGGACUCGUCACUGUUCACAUAUGACGCAACCUCUGAGGCCAAAAGCCCGAGCCCAAAACCAGCCCCCGUGUCAAAGUUUGAAGUUACCAAAAACCUUAAACAAAGAUCUGCCUCCUCCCAUUCACAUAUUCCCUCUGAGCCUGCUGCUCAGAGAAAAACAGAGGCGCCUGCUAAGUCUUCUGAAUUGGUAAGUUUCCCAAAGCCCUCCACCAAGAGCACAGGCGCAGCCGAGCCACCUUUAGCCGACAAGCGUUUGGAUGAAAAGCUCGCUGACACCACYGCAGCACAUCAUGCGAGCGACAAGAAAGCACCUAGCGCCCGGCCUGCACGCACAUCCUCUCAGCACCCAUCUCUUGGUGAAAGCAUCGCUUCAGCUUUUUCUCCUGCAGCUCUUAUUGCUAGAGGCGUGCGCAAAAUGGCUCCCUGGCCAAAGUUUUCUGCUAAGAAAUCGGAGGUGGCAGGAAAACAGUGGAAGCCUGUUGCUAUGCUUCCUUCAGUCUAACUCUGUACAUGGUCAUGCUGCAGGGUAGUGUGAGACGCUGAUUAAAUCGUUACGCCUGUGACUUGGAGGCUUUUGAAAUGUCUUAACAGGUGGAAAAACAAACUUUUGCACAAAAUGUAGGUAGUUUUUAGCAGGAUGCAGCUAUUAGAUAAAUGUAAAACUGUACAAACUGUGAUCCAUUUAAAUCCAUUUGAUUAUUAUGGCGUAUUUUCACAAGAAAAAAAAUCUCAGGACACUGAUUAAGCAGAAAAAUAGGACAAAUAAUUUAAAAUAAAUGGUAUCAUUUUCAAAGGUAAACUCUCAAAGCAAGAGAAAGAGGAUAAAAUAAUGUUUAUUGAUUCUCAGGAAGUGCCUUUAAAUGUGUAAUAAAGUCUGCAGAGAGGCUUGUUCAGACAUUGCCUUUUGUCUUUAGUUAGUUUCUACAUUCUUUUUGUGAAAAAUACCAGUAAUAACAAUUGAUUCCCUAUACAAAACAAAUAAUAGUUUAUAUAAAUUMUUAGGUAUUUAAAACUCAGGUUAUUCAAAAAAAUUGAGAUUGGGGAUAAAAAUAUAGCUGAGGACCUUUAAUCAUUUAUUAGAUUUGAAGUAAAAACUGUCUACACAUUUCAUUUGUGUGCACAUAAUUUUUGAUUUCUUCAGUCUCAUUCCAGACUUUACAAAUGAGAGCAUCGUUAUUGUGAGAAAGAAACUCAAAGACUCGAAAAUAGAUCUAAUGUGGACACAUUUUCUACAGCUGUCAUGGACAGUUUUUCUGAUUGUCAGAAGAGUCAUCAGAUAUUUUGUAUCCACACAAACUAACAAUCAUUUAAAUGUUUUAUCACUCACUGAAAUGAUUACAGAUGACUCAGGACAAAACAGGGAAAACAGCUGUCUUUUUCUGUCCCUGUGUUUUGUGUUCACCUGAUUUUCUUUUUGUUGUUGUUUGUUGAACUUCUUGUUCUGAGCACUGUCUUGCUAUUAAAUUUCUUUUUCUUCCUAC